AGGCUCCGCCCCUACAGGCAAAGCGUCCUCCUCGCGUCGAAGAAACUUCAAAACAGCUUCGCAGUUUCCAACAUCCUUGAACAUUUCGACAGCGCGAGCGGCUGAGAGGAAGAGCGGCACGUGAAGGUCUCUGCGACGGAAAUGUUAGCAGGAAGAUGAGCGCGAGCUAAACGAUCAACCAUCUGAGCUGCUGUUUUGUUUUUUUAAAGCGUUGUUUUCGUCUCAUCAUGGCGCGCGGCUGCAUCUGCUGCGUGAAGUACAUGCUCUUCCUCUUCAACCUGCUUUUCUGGCUGGGGGGCUGUGGACUCCUGGGGGUCGGCGUGUGGCUGUCAGUUUCUCAGGGCAGCUUCGCCACCCUGUCCCCCUCCUUCCCCUCGCUGUCCGCCGCAAACCUCAUCAUCACCCUGGGCACGGUCGUCAUGGUAACGGGUUUCCUGGGUUGUCUGGGUGCCAUCAAGGAGAACAAAUGCCUUCUUCUGAGUUUCUUCAUCGUUCUGUUGAUCAUCCUCUUGGCGGAACUGAUCCUCCUCAUCCUCUUUUUUGUAUACACCGAUAAGGUGAGUGAAAACGCCAAGCGGGACCUGAAAGAAGGGCUGGUUCUGUACACCACUGAAAACAACGCCGGACUGAAAGACGCCUGGAACGCCAUUCAGGGAGAGUGGAUGUGCUGCGGCGUGGUGAGGCAUGACGACUGGUACGCCGCCCUGCAGGAGAACGUGGUUCCCGACAGCUGCUGCCAGCAGGUUCACCCCGGCUGCGGCAGGAACGCCUCCAACAUCUUCUGGAAGCGGGGCUGCUACGAGAAGAUGGAGGAGUGGCUGGAUGACAACAAACACCUUCUGGGAACCAUCGCCAUGUGCGUGCUGGUCAUACAGCUGCUCGGCAUGGCCUUCUCCAUGACUCUCUACCAGCAGAUCCAUCGAACAGGAAAGAAGUUUGAAGCCUGAGAGACUCGGGUUCACGUCCACGUCACCUUCUUCUAUGCACUCAGUAACGUUUGUGAAGACACUUAUAUGUACUAGGGCUGCACGACAUGAGGAAAACUCCCAAUACAUGAACAAAAACAAGUUAAAACAACCAAAUGCGUCAUUUCACUGCAACAGUUUCAUUUAAAUAAUUUAAGUCUCGUCUACUUAGGAGGCGGGCAUCUAAGAUCGAAGGGAUCCGCCUGAUUGGUCAAAUGCAUAAAGGGAUUUGAUUUGUUAAAUAUUUCAAUCUGCCAUGAACUUAUUUUAACACAAUAACCAUUUAUUGCACCGCUUGAUCUCGCGAUAACGAUAAUUUUGCAGUGUAUUGUGCAGCCCUAAUACGUAUUUUUUACACUUUGAUUCCAUGUAUUAAACAUGCUUAUGUGUUCACAUAUUUACAUUCAGUUAAAGGUCAAUAAAUGUCAGAUUAAAGUCGG